AUGGAUAAGGUUAAUUCUUCAGGGGUAUCUGAGUUUGUGUUGCUGGGACUCUCCAGUUCUCAUCAGCUCCAGCUUUUCUAUUUUUUUUUCUUCUCUCUAUUGUAUGUCGUCAUUGUGCUGGGAAACCUUCUCAUUAUCAUCACAGUAACUUCUGAUGUCAGCCUGCACUCACCUAUGUACUUCCUUCUGGGAAAUCUUUCUUUUGUGGACAUCUGUCAAGCUUCUUUUGCCACUCCUAAGAUGAUCGCAGAUUUUCUGAGUGAUCAUAAAACUAUCUCCUUCACUGGCUGCAUAGCCCAGAUUUUCUUCAUUCACCUUUUUACCGGAGGGGAGAUGGUACUUCUUGUCUCCAUGGCCUAUGACAGAUAUGUAGCCAUAUGCAAACCCCUACACUAUGUCAUCAUCAUGAAUCGAAGGAUGUGCACUGUGAUGGUGAUGAUCUCCUGGGCUGUGGGCUUGGUACACACGUUAAGUCAGUUAUCAUUUACUGUGAACCUGCCUUUUUGUGGACCUAAUGUAGUAGAUAGCUUUUUUUGCGACCUUCCUAGAGUGUCCAAACUUGCUUGCUUGGACUCUUACAUAAUUCAAAUAUUAAUUGUUAUCAAUAGCGGUAUUCUCUCCUUAAGCACAUCUGUCUUGUUUACCUCUUACAUUGUUAUUCUUGUCACUGUCUGGUUUAAGUCUUCUGCCGCAAUGGCCAAAGCAUUCUCUACACUGUCAGCCCACAUUGCAGUAGUAAUAUUGUUCUUUGGACCCUGCAUUUUUAUCUAUGUGUGGCCCUUUACCACUUACCCUGUGGAUAAAGUUCUUGCCAUCUUUUAUACUGUAUUUACCCCCAUUCUGAAUCCCAUGAUUUACACACUAAGAAAUAGAGAUAUGAAGGCUGCCAUGAAAAAAAUUUUGACUCGCUACCUGAGGACUAAGAAAAUUUUGGAAGUGCCACUAGUUACAAGAAAUUCUCUUCAUUAA